AUGCCGGCCCGGUGGUCAAAGCUCCUGCUCUUCCGCGAUCGCGCUGCAUCUUCCCUGCAGCAAAAUUUUAAACAGCGAAAAUUAAGAGCGAAGAACAGGGCGCACGCCAAGCAUGCGCGGCGCCAUGGCUUCUUCCUCCCGCGCCAUGAGUGCGCUGCGUCCUGUCCAGUUCGCUCCCCGAGCCUCGUCGAUUUCGGCUUCGUCGGUUGCGACCCCAAGGGCUUUCGCGACGUCAUCACAGAGGACUCUCAAGUUCGUCCCGACCUCGAGGCCUCACGCGCCCUCCAUCGCCAGGCAAACGACCCUCGCGCGCCAGUUCCAGCGUGCUUACGCCGAUGCCGCUCCCCUGCCGCUCCCCAGAAGCCCGGCAGGAUUCGCACACUCAGUGGCUCUGGCGAUGACUACUGUCGCAUCGCUGACAAGCUCGAUACCGAAAACUACAAUGUCAUCGUCAUCUCGCCCCGAAACUACUUCCUCUUUACGCCCCUGCUGCCUUCGUGCACUACGGGUCUGAUUGAGCACCGUUCCAUCAUGGAGCCUGUUCGCGCCAUUCUCCAGCACAAGAAAGCCGCCGUCAAGUUCUACGAAGCCGAGGCUUCCUCCAUCGACCCGGAACGCAAGGUUGUCAUGAUUACCGAUAACUCCGAGGUUAAGGGUGCCACUUCCCAGACUGAGAUCCCUUACGAUAUGCUUGUCAUUGGCGUCGGCGCCGAGAACGCCACCUUCGGCAUUCCUGGUGUCCGCGAGAACUCGUGCUUCCUCAAGGAGAUCAACGACGCUCAGUCGAUUCGCAAGAAAAUCAUGGACUGUGUCGAGACCGCCGCUUUCAAGGGUCAGACCAACGAGGAAAUCGACCGCCUGCUGCACAUGGUUGUCGUUGGCGGCGGCCCCACCGGUGUUGAGUUUGCCGGCGAGCUUCAGGACUUCUUCGAGGAUGACAUCAAGCGUCUCGUGCCCGAUAUUGCUGAUCGUUUCAAAGUCACCCUGAUCGAGGCCCUCCCUAAUGUGCUUCCGUCCUUCUCCAAGCAGCUGAUCGAGUACACUGAGAACACAUUCAAGGAGGAGAAGAUUGAUAUCCUGACCAAGACCAUGGUGAAGAACGUUACCGACACCACCGUCGAGGCUGUCGGCACUAACCCCGACGGCUCCAAGAAGACCAUCGUCAUCCCCUACGGUCUCCUCGUCUGGGCUACUGGCAAUGCCGUGCGCCCCAUUAUUAAGGAGCUCAUCAGCAAGAUCCCCGCCCAGAAGGACUCUCGCCGCGGUCUCGCCGUCAACGAGUACCUCGUCGUCCAGGGCACCCGCGACAUCUGGGCUAUUGGUGACUGCGCUGUCGCCGGCUACGCCCCUACUGCCCAGGUCGCCGGGCAGGAGGGCAGCUUCCUCGCCCGCCUGUUCAACAACAUGGCCAAGACCGAGGAGCUCGAGAGCAAGGUGCGUGAGCUCAGCAGCAACCUCAACGUUAAGCCUGGCAAUUCGGCCGAGGCGGCGCGCGAGAUCGAGGCCUGCGAGCGCCAGCUCCGCCGCAUCAAGGACGUCAAGCCCUUCCACUACACCCACCAGGGCAGCCUGGCUUAUAUUGGCAGCGAGAAGGCUGUCGCCGACGUCAGCUGGUGGAACGGCAACAUUGCCAGCGGUGGCAGCUUGACCUUCCUCUUCUGGAGGAGCGCUUACCUCUCGAUGUGCUUCAGCACUCGUAAUCGCCUCCUCGUCAUCAUAGACUGGCUCAAGUCCAAGGCGUUUGGCCGUGAUGUCUCCCGGGAGUAA